CAUGUCUUGGUCAAGUUCAGUAGAGAACUUUGGGCUAAUUUUGUGCAUGCAAUUGCUGGGGACUUCUCUUGGUUUUCUUGAUGUGGGUUUCUACUCGUUUACAUGCCCAAGAGCUGAGCUCAUCGUGAGGUCAGUCGUUAAGGAGGCUGCUAGGUUGGAUCCGACGAUGCCGGCUGCCCUCCUCAGGCUUCAUUACCAUGAUUGUAUUGUUCAAGGUUGUGAUGGAUCAGUGCUGAUCCAGAAGCCCAGAGACCAAGGCCCAGAGAAUAGCUCACCGAACCACGCUGGGCUCAGAGGAUUCGACGUUAUAGAGAACGCAAAAGCCCAACUUGAAGCCCAAUGUCCUGGCGUAGUUUCCUGUGCUGAUAUUGUAGCUCUCGCUGCUAGAGAUGCCAUAGCCUUGAGCCAAGGCCCAUUUUAUCGAGUUCCAACGGGCCGAAGAGAUGGCCUGGUCUCCAACGUCGCCGAUGCGGCAAGCAUGCCGGAUCUGCAGGACUCGAUUGCAUUGAUCAGAGCAAAGUUUGCCGAAAAGGGAUUAUCGGAGAAGGAUCUCGUGCUUCUCAGUGCUGCACAUACUAUUGGCACUACUGCAUGCUUCUUCCUAGAACGGAGGCUCUACGACUUCUUACCGGGCGGCAGGCGACCGCUAAUAAACCCGAGAUUCUUGCCGGAGCUCCAAUCCAAGUGCCCGAAGGGCGGCGACAUUUUGGUUCGGGUCCCUCUCGAUCACGGCAGCGAGCGGAGGUUCGAUACCAAGAUCCUCAAGAACAUCCGGACGGGGUUCGCGGUCAUAGAAACCGAUGCUAAGUUAUAUACCGUCCCGUCAAUGAAAGCGGUUAUUGACUCCUAUGUUGGGUUGCCCAGGUCCGGAUCCGAAUUCGAGUUCGGGUCGGAUUUUGUGCGGUCAAUUGUGAAAAUGGGUAUGAUUGGUGUGAAGGUGGGCGAAGAGGGGGAGAUUAGGCGAGUUUGCUCCAAAUUUAAUUGAGGAUUGGAUGGAUAUGUGGAGGGAUAAUCAACAUCUCAAUAAUGUUCAUGCAAAAAAUGGUAUGGAGAAUCGUAUGUACAAUCGACUGUAAUAUGAAAAAAAAUGAAUAUAA